AGUGGAAACAUUUUCUUUUCAAAAUUAUACCAGUAGAAAUGCUGAAAUGUAUAUUUUUUUUUUUCCCAGGUUAGGGUCGAAAACACACCUCAAGUAUAACAAUUUUUUGAGAUAGGUCCUACCCAAAUUAUUAAGUGUGAGAGUUUUCUACCUAAACUAUCACCAACUAAUUUGCAAAACAUAACUCAACUAUCAGUUGUUCACUUUUCCUACUUGAACUAUUACUAGUUAGUUUGCAAAAAACACCUUACAAAGUUUAGAUAGGGAACUGAAAAAAUGACACUUGAGAUGUGUUUUUGACUUUUAUCUCUUUUUCUUCAUAAGUUUGUUUUUUUCACAAGUUUUGGCACAAGCAAUUGGUGUUUAAUAUCCUGGCAAAAUUUCAUCCAGCUCAAUUAAUAUUAUCUAGUGUGUGUGGCUUUUGUUUCAGGGAGGACGCAACCUUUCUUUUCUUCAUGAUCCUUGGUGAUUAAUUUCUUGUAAAAACAAAAAUAAGGUAGAAUAACAUUGUCUAAAAGCAAAGAAUUUAUUUUGAAUGUAUCUUGCGGGAGUUUCGGGAGAAUCAGAAGGUUGAUCUCGCAAGCAACGUACUUCGUGAUUCUGAACAUCAAAAGCAGCAGCUCCACUAAUAUACACAAGGUUGUGGUCAAAGCAAAGGAUAAAGUGUGAAUCCGAAUACCUUCACUUGGUAACAUUCUUUAUAAAUUCCACCUUCAUGAUCGGAUGGUCUACCUACACCUUACCCGUGUACACCAAAAGCAAACUACGCUGACCAGGCUUAAAAAAACUUCCGAGUUCCUUGGAAAUCGAGGGAUCGAUAGCCUAAUAAGGUCCCUUACACUAUACUUUUUUGACAAGAGGUUAAGUAUUUAUAGGUAAAAAUGUCCGAUUGGGGUCCGGUGUUUGUGGCGGUGGUGUUGUUCGUCCUGUUAACGCCAGGUCUGCUGGUUCAGAUGCCGGCUCGCAACCGAUUUGUUGAGUUUAGCAACUUUCAGACGAGUGGAUUGUCGAUAUUGGUUCACUCACUCAUCUACUUCGUCCUCAUUUGCAUCUUCUUAUUAGCCAUUGGGAUCCAUAUGUACACGGGUUAAAACUGUUUACUAUUUGGUGAUCAUGUCGACCAUUUUUUGUUUUUUUACUAUUUGGGUUGCGUCAGAAUUGGCUGUCAUUCGUCAUGCAUCUUUUUCUUUUUGGCUUUUGCUUCUUUCUCUCCUUUUUACCAUUCAAGUUUCAAUUCAAUCUAUUUAUGAUUUGAUGUGAUGUAUCAUCGGUUGGGAAAGCUCUAGUUAUUGAUAAUUGAUCUUUUUUGUUUCUCUGAACUACUACUAGUCUGUGAUCUUCCUGGUGUGAUGGGAAUUUAAUAUUCUAGUGAUCUUUUCUUGUACUCCUA